AUGACGCUUGGACCACGAAAAAAGUGCGGCUUCGGCGACCGUGGUGGCAGAGGCGGCGCUCGUGGAGGUAGAGGCGGUGGCAGAGGCGGAUUUGGCGAUCGUGGAGGCCGUGGGGGCGCACGCGGCGGCGCAAGAGGCGGUCGUGGAGCUUCCAGAGGAGGUGGCAGGGGUGGAAGAGGAGGUGCAGCUGGCGCAAAGGGCGGUCAGAAGGCCGUAGUUGAACCUCAUCGUCACGCCGGCGUGUUCAUUGCAAGAGGAAAGGAAGAUUUACUCUGCACGAAGAGCAUGGCGCCAGGAGUUGCUGUGUAUGGCGAGAAGCGCAUCACCGUCGACUCACCUGCUCCUGUCGUCGAAAACGGCGAAUCUGCCGCUGCAACCAAGGUCGAAUACCGUGUCUGGAACCCCUUCCGCUCAAAGAUCGCUGCUGGUAUCCUCGGUGGUCUUCAGGACAUCUACAUGAAGCCCGGCAGCAAGGUUCUUUACCUUGGUUCUGCCUCUGGUACUUCCGUUUCUCACGUCGCUGAUAUCGUCGGACCCACUGGUACCGUCUACGCCGUCGAGUUCUCUCACCGUUCCGGCCGUGACUUGAUCAACAUGGCUACUCACCGCACCAACGUUAUCCCCAUCGUCGAGGAUGCCCGUCACCCUCUCAAGUACCGUAUGCUCGUUGGCAUGGUCGACUGCAUCUUCGCCGAUGUUGCCCAGCCCGACCAGGCCCGUAUCGUCGGUCUUAACGCCCACUUGUUCUUGAAGGUCGGUGGUGGUGUCCUUGUUUCCAUCAAGGCCAACUGUAUCGAUUCGACUGCUGCCCCCGAGGCCGUCUUCGCCCGUGAGGUUCAAAAGAUGAGAGAGGAGCGCAUCAAGCCCAAGGAGCAGCUUACCCUUGAGCCCUUCGAGAGAGACCACGCCAUGGUUGCUGGUAUCUACCAGCGCGCAGCAUAA